UCGUAUUUUAUUGUUUAGUAAAAUGAUUUACUUCCGGUUAUAUUCUGCUUCCGGGUCAAUUGCCAUAAACAGCCUACUCUGCUUGAGAUGCUAGCGGUCUAGGCAACGACACACGGCAAUUAUAUCAUCGAUUUAUCACCAAAAGGAAUCUCAACCUGUUUGCGGCUAGAGUGCCUACAUUUCCACAUAUUAGGAAGGAUAUGACAGAGCCGCGUAAUCAAGGGAUGCCCUCCCACCCUGCUGCGGCCCCAGUGCACUCUGACCCCACAUGCCUGACCGUGGACAUAGACCCUGUGGAGUACACCCUCCGCAAACGGCUCCCUCGCAAGCUUCCAAAGCGGCGGAACGACGUGUACGUCAACAUGAAGACGGACUUUAGGGCUCAGCUGGCCCGCUGUCAGAAGCUGCUGGACGGCGGCGGACACCGGGAGAUCUGCGUGCACGGCCUGGGCCUGGCCAUCAACAGGGCCAUCAACAUUGCGCUGCAGCUGCAGGCCAGCAGCCAGGGGGCGCUGCAGUUGGCCGCCAACACCUCCACGGUAGAGCUGGUGGACGACCUGGAGCCUGAGGACCCCGAUGAGGCUGGGGAGCCCCUGACCCGCACACGCAACAACUCGGCCAUCCACAUCAAGGUUUUCUACCCUGACCCCCAGUGACUGCAAGUGCGUGUGUCCCCCUCAACAACCAUCUCCAUGGAUGCAUGCAUGUAGAAACUUUAUUACAUCCGUUGGCAGCUUUGAAAGACUACAUUUAUCUUUUUUUUUGCAUGUUUUACUGCAAAACGCCUGCAGAUGAUUAUUGUUCAUAAACUACGAAUCGAAACUGCCACACCAUGCAUGCAGUGAGUACUCUCUGGUAUGAUCAGGGGUGCCCAAACCUUUUCCACACAGGCUUUCAUACUGAAAGGAUUCAUAAGACCUUUUGAUAUUUUUAACAUGCAAGCAAGGGCUGGAUGCAAAAAAAUGGAAGUAUGCAGGGGCCACUUUGAAACACUUUGUAUUCAAUGAUAGUAAAUGCAAUACCAUGUAGGUCAAUAUAUGCUAAAAUUUCUAAACAAAGCAGAUUAGUGCAAUGUCUAAUGUAAACCUCUUGAGGUAGUUGAUUCCUUGUGUGCGUGUGUAUAUGUAUAUAUAUAUAUAUAUAUAUAUAUAUAUAUAUAUAUAUAUAUAUAUACACACACAGUACAGGCAAAAGUUUGGACACACCUUCUCAUUUCAAUGCGUUUUCUUUAUUGUCAUGACUAUUUACAUUGUAGAUUGUCACUGAAGGCAUCAAAACUAUGACACUUGUGAAGUGAAAACCCUUUCAGGUGACUACCUCUUGAAGCUCACUGAGAGAAUGCCAAGAGUGUGCAGAAGAGCAAAGGGUGGCUAUUUUGAAGAAACUAGAUUACAAAACAUGUUUUCAGUUAUUUCACCUUUUUUUGUUAAGUGUAUAACUCCACAUGUGUUCAUUCAUAUAGUUUUGAUGCCUUCGGUGACAAUCUACAAUGUAAAUAGUCAUGAAAAUAAAGAAAACCCAUUAAAUGAGGUGUCCAAACUUUUGGCCUGUACUGUAUAUACAUUUUACCAAGCCAGUUAAACCUUUUUAAGGGCUUUAGCGCACACUAUUGCCACCCAUUUGUUUAAUAUGUUUUAUCAAAGACCACAUAGUCUCUCGCCACAUCGCGCUUCAAAUAUUGUAGUUUACUGGCAAUGCAAAUUUCAUUAAAACAUUUUUUAAGCAUAGUCUACAUUUUUGGGGGGUCCUAAAAUAAGCAUUUUCAAGCAUUAUAUCGCUAAAUAGGCAAACUAUAUGUAAAGACUAAAGUGGUUUGGUCUCUAAUGGCCAUAACUAAUCAGUGUUCUGUUCAGUAUUGUGGCCACUGAUUGCCUCAGUCAGCAUUACUGUACUUUAUUGGAAUAAAGAAUGUCAAGGAGACUAAAGAUUUAACUUCAUUUCAUGGGCUCUCAUGUGGAAAAGCAUAUUUAGAAAGUAGUAAACUGUUUUGUGUUGCUUUAUUGUCAUUACACUUAGAAGUACAAAAAAUUGUUUUUAAUACAACCCGUCUAAGAACAGACAUACAAUAUACAGGGGUAGACAGAACAGGAAGACUGAUGGGUUAGCACCAAGCAGAGCCCUGUUAAAAGGUCGGAGGGAGAGGGAAGCAACUCCCAAACUAAGCUCCUGUUGGAGGGAAGGGCUCUGUUUGAGACCGAAAAAAAACCUCAAGCAUUUUAGGCACAAAUAAACACAUUACGCCCUGCAAACCUGAAUCAUAGCAGGGGGGGGGGGGUGUCCAAGCAGGCCACUUUCCACAGUCACAGCCAGCAUGAAAUGACCAAUUAAAGACGGGGGGGCUUCUUAGCUGGGGAAUCUCGUAGAAACGACCUUGCCAAGCUGAUCCAUCGGGAAGACGAAAUCCAGAUUGGAAUGUUCCAAAUUGCGAUUUAGUUCAGAAAUUACUAAGUGCCCACAGCUCUGCCUAUCCCAUCAAGCAUGUGUGGCGGCUUUGGGGUACUUUGAACAGCUGCCAGCUUCAUCAGACUUUGUCGCUACACCAGUGCAUCGCUUACUCCAAUCAGCAAAUAUCCUGUUACCAUGAUUUCGUAUAGAUUGGUGUCUUCAAUGUCCUCGACUGAAGGAAUCGCCAGGCAAACGACCUUCCAAUUCUCCCAAAAGAGUCCGUUGUGUAUCCAGCAACAAACGUUCCGUCAGGACAGACGGGUUCUCCCCAACCCGAGCUUCUCAGGGAGAAGAUCUUGUAAAUGUUAAGAGGCAAGUUAAUUCCAUUGUUUUAAUUUUGGAGAUCAGUGCAAAACGAGGCUCCAAGAAAGUUAAGACAAUACGAGACAUGAAGCAAAAGCAGGAGAGCUAAGGGAAGUGUCCGCCUUUGAAGAGAGCCAACAAAGUUUCUUGUGUGAAAAUAUUUUAUCCUACUUUGCGAAAAAUCAUUUAUCGCAAUCAUGUCCAUGCACCUCUUAACAGCAAUAAACAAGGAGUGUCUUUUUUGUCGUAGUUUGGGCCAGUUUCAUUCUGUUUUUUGUGAGAUGUUCUAAUUCGUGACCUAUAUUGUCUUUAGAACGCAUCACGGGCCAAUCAAAACAAAGCUGUAUGCCGCAAAAUAGCACUUUGGACACCCGUUGUUCUAUACUCACAAAUAAAAUGGUCCUCUCCUGGAUUUAACUGAGCAAAUGCAGUUGGGAAUUAGUUAUUUAACCCGAAAUGAUGAAAUUAGUAUUUUGUCAUGCGGAAAGACACAUCCAGAUGUUAAUCUGUUUCAAAACAUGGGCAUGCUAGGAUUACAAUUUCAAUUUUUUGUCUUGUUGACUAUUUGUAAAAAUGAGCCGUGGGCUGCAAAUGGCUCUCGGGCUGCACUUUGUACACCCCUAGUCUAGUUGUGUUAGAUGUAAGGUCCCAAACAUAAACACAAGCUUUACCACAACUACUCGCAAGGAGAAAAACAACAUGAAGGGGACAGCACAGUCGUUAACACAAGACAGAACUUGUUCUUUUUUUUUUCCCUAGGGUCGUUCAGGCAUAGCUUGGACUUCUAUUGCAGGUCAUUAUCUUACUGCAGGAUCAACCUCUGACCAACUAUGGUGCAUACCAGAUGUUAGUAGAUGGAUGCUUUGGUAGCUCUUCAAUGUUUGACCACAAGUAUUGAGUCUAGUCCAAAUGAAAUUAUUUCCUUUGCAGAUCUUGGCUGGUGUUGUAUAAAAUAAUCCACUAGAUGUCAGGAGACAAAGGUUUUCUUGUACCUUUUAUUUUCUAUCUUUAAAGUUGGAUAUUAGUUUAGUGCUGUUAUGUCAAUGGAAUUGGAGUGAGGAUGGUGUUAUUCAGUCACAAAUAAAGUUUUGUGUCAUGUAUU